GCUGAGGGCGGGCUCAGCCCUGCCUAGGGGCAUUUCAGCCCUGUGCCGGACGCCCCCCGCCCCGAGCUGCUGGGGCGGCUCCGCUUAGCUCUCCGCUCCAUGCUCAUAUUUGGCCGCGGCGGCGGUGCCCAGGCAUUUCCCAGCAUCCUCCCGGGCCGGCCGGACAGGGCCCUGCGCCGCGCUCCCGGGCUGGGCGGUGCUGGCGGCUCCGGGCCCUCCCUAUGCGCUUCGGUCUCGGCCUCUUGCUGGCGGCCGCCGCCGCUGCUGCUGCAGCUCUUGCCCCUGUUCUUUGCCUCUGGUUUUGUUGGUGAGGAUAUCACAGUGAUGUCUGCAUUCAACCUGCUGCAUUUGGUGACAAAGAGCCAGCCAGUGGCCCUGCGAGCCUGUGGGCUUCCCUCAGGGUCAUGUAGGGAUAAACAGGACUGUAAGGUGGUCUUUUCUCAGCAGGACCUGAGGAAGCGGCUGACACCCUUGCAGUACCAUGUCACUCAGGAGAAAGGGACUGAAAGUGCCUUUGAAGGAGAAUAUACACAUCAUAAAGCUCACGGGAUAUACAAGUGUGUUGUCUGUGGAACUCCAUUAUUCAAGUCAGACACAAAGUUUGAUUCCAAUUCAGGUUGGCCUUCCUUCUUCGAUGUGAUCAGUCCUGAUGCAAUUACUUUCACUGAUGACUUCUCCUAUGGGAUGCACAGGGUUGAAACAUCCUGUAAUCAGUGCGGUGCUCAUCUGGGGCAUAUCUUUGAUGAUGGGCCUCGACCAACUGGCAAAAGAUAUUGCAUAAACUCUGCUUCAUUGUCUUUCGAGCCUGUGGACAAGAACAAUGCUGGAGAAGGCAGCAGUAGCACCAGUCCUGCUCAAACAGACAAAAGCGAGCUGUAGGACAAAGGGCAAUCUGUAGAAAACUGUUCUUAUCCCACAUGGCUUAUGAAGAAUGUUUUUCCUGAAUUGCCUGCUAUCUUAUAUCAUAAUAAUUUUUAAAUGUGUUACACUGGUCUGCACUAUCCAUUUUUUUUCUUUCUUUGUUGAAACAGAGGCCUUGCCUGCCAAUCUGCUUUACUGUAUAAUGGAUCUAAAUAUUUGUUGACUGCCUUGGUUUUCGGGGUGGGGAGAGGAUUGCUUUGGGGAAUCCUUAAAAUAAGAGGCUUUGACAUCAUUUGUUUUUAGUUUCUUCUUGUUGCUUUGUUAUUGUAGAUCUGAACUAUUUUCCUUUUUGUUAGGGAGAAGGGAGUUGUGGUUAUCUUCAGUCAAUAGGAAACUCUUGAGCAUAAUAAAGGGUGUCUCUAUAUGUGCAAAGAGGCUGCUUCAACAUGCUGUAAUUAUGUGUUGGAGUAGACUCAAUUAAUCAAGUCUGCUGGAGCAUGGUAAUUACUGCGCUCCAGCAGACUCCAGUGUCACGUAUAUUAGUAUCCCUGCACUGAAAAAUGGCGGCAGGGGUGCUUUAACUAAAGCUCGUUCGACCAGCUUUAGUUAAAGCAUGCCCAUCAUCAUUUUUCAGUGUGGGGAUGCUGAUACACGUGAUGCUCUGGGCGCUUUAAUUAGAGUGGCUCUUGGAGCCGCUUUAAUUAAAGCGCCACCCCCUAACUCCCAGAGCUUGCCUAUAAAUGCCCAAAUGCUGAGUUCUCAGCACAUGUACCUUAGUUAUGACUUGAGAGGCUUGUGGCCUUUGGUUGUGCAUAUUCAACCAUUCCACAGUAUCAAUCAUACCCAGGAAGAACUUGCACUUAAUGCAAUUUCCUUCCCACUGAAAGUGCUGGGUGAGAUAAAAAGCCUUAUUAUUUAUUUAAAUUGCUGCCGACAUGCAAAGGGAUGUAGCUGCAGGGAAGUAAACUGUAUCAGAAUCCAUUUUCCCCCUUGUUGGAUGUUGAAGUAUUAAAUCAAGUUCCAAAAGUAUUGAGCCUUACUGAGCAGGGAUCACUAAAUCACCUACCUUCGCCUUAUUUUGUGAGGUUCCUUCUGCAGCUACAACUAUGAGAGGCCUGGACUGGAAUCAUUAUGCUAAAAUAUAAAUAGGGUUGUUUAUUUAGGCAGGUUGAACUUCUGGAGGAUUGAACUGGACAUGGGCUGAAAGUGGGUAGGCUUUUUAUCACUAUUUAGGGCAGUGUUUCCCAACCGGUGUGCCGUGGCACACUGGUGUGCCAUCAGGCACGUCCAGGUGUGCUGUGGCAUUUUGGGCUGAAGCUACAUCCCCAUGCCUGGCUGGAACACCCCCCCUGCUGCUGCUGUGGACACACACAGACGGGAGCAUAGCUCCAGCCAUGCAGGGGAUGUAGCUUCAGCCCAAAAUGCCGUUCGGCUGGCCAUGUGCCACCCCCCAUCCUGGCCAGUGUCUGGCUGGCUGUGCGCUACCUCCCCUCUCCCCCCACUCCGCAUCCAGUGUGCCGCGGCGUUUUUUUAUUUAGGUAAGUGUGCCACGGGGCAAAAAAGGUUGGGAAACACUGACCUAGGGCAGUACCUAGCACACUGUAAGAUAGGAUGCAAGAAAGCAUGAGAGUAUAAUCGAGAAGAGUGAGGCCCUUGUGCAGUACUCUUUUAAUUAAGUUGGUUCGGAUCUAUAGACCUUCAGAAGUCCAGGCCUUCCUUAUUUGUAGCUACGGUGAGGAAUGCUUCUGGGGAGCUUGAGGCAACAGCUGAACAUGAAAAAAGGCAAAAGCUUUCCACGGCUGCUCUUUACGUUUAGUUUAACCAUCUCUAGGAUAUCAUAAUGAAUAGUAUAGUGACAAAUGAUGAUUGUGAUUAUGAUGAUCUAAUAUCACUUUCUCUUGAGAUAUUCAGUGACUAAUCGGAUACAGUGCUUGCUUUCCUGAGUAUCCUUUUGUGACCGACAUUGGGUCCAAUCCUGUGCCCAGUGAGGAGUAAUAUACUCAUUGGUAUAGUAAAAGCAGGAUUGAGCCUAUUUGUGUAAAUAAAACUGAACAAACUACCUGAGAUAUACUCUUCAUUUUAAAAAUAACCUCUGUAAAAGCAUAUAGAAGGGUUAGAAUUGCCGCUUUAGCACCAUGACAAAGGUAUGAAGGAAGCAUAAAGUGCUUUCAAGUAAAAUAAGAAAUAAAUAUGUUAAAUAUUUAGAGCUAGAUUGCUUAGCCCUUGCGUAAGUGACCAGCUACUUACACGAGUAGUCCAGCUGAUGUCAUGGAAGCAGUUGCUCAUCAACAUAAGGAACGGUUGUGCUGACUAGCCCUUGGUGUAUAAGGGUAAUCAAGUUUCCUAUGGCCCCAGUGCUCUUUAGCAGUUUCUCACAGAAGGGCUGUUCUUAUUCCUUGCCCUUGUUUGAAAAGUAAGUAUUCUCAACCACGUUUUCUGACAUAAACAUAAAAAAUGCAACAUCUAUAAAACUGUGCUGCAUACAUGUGGUUUAAUUUUAAAUUGCUGUUGGAUUUAAGUGUUAUCAAAUUUCAGUAUAUUUCUGUCUUAUGUUAAGGACAUAUAUUACUAAAACUUCAGUGAGCAAUAAUGUCAGCUGUCCUACAUGAGAUUUAUUUUUGCAGGAUAUGGAGUGCAAUGAAACGAGUCAAUAUGGCGAGGUGUAUGUGAUCUGUGGGAGUUAUACCAUUUAACAUAGGAAAUUCAUUGUUCUCUCUGUCUCUUACUUUCUCAUGGCACCACAGCACGGUGCAAAGUUAAACAGAUUUCCUUUUAGUGCUCUUAGAAGAUGCUAGCAUGGGCUGGUAUUAACAAGUGUGCACUGAGCGUGGUCUGGCUGUGACUUAUGCAAGAAUGUUGGGAGUUGAGUGCAGCACAACAAGAGUUUUCUAUAUAUUUAAAUUUUGCACUGUCUGGAUGCUUAUAAACAUUUGAAUGCAAAUAUUGUAGAAAUAGAAAACUCUCUUUUAUAAUAGUCUCUGUAUACUCUUAUUUGGAUGUUUGACUAGCAUAACUUUUAAACUGGUACGGAAAAGAUUCACAUAAAUAUUCUAUAAAGAUAUAUAUACGUGUAACUAUAGUUUCAGCCUUCAGUACCUUUUUAAGAAUUAAAAAUGUUCCUCAAAACGUUCAGUACUUUUAAGAAAUCAUAUAUAAAAUUUUCAAUGAAAAGUUCUUUUCAUAUAUUUGUUGUACACAGAUAUGCAAUAAAUUCCUUUAUAAAUAAA